GACAUCUGUUUGAGCUCAACAUGGCUACUUUGAACACCAGAGGAAAUGAUAUAGCCUUAAAUAUCCUAUCAUCAACUACAGAAUCUAGUCAAGCAGUAGUAUUAUCGCGCGCAAGAGGAUCCCCGAACUCACAACGAGCCUGGCUGUUCGGUCUUGGGACACUGGGCAUCAUCCUUGCCAGCGUUCUCCUCAACCCUUUCACAUCAACCCAAGAAAGUCCCCUCAACAUCGAUCCGACAGACUAUGCAGCUCGGACAAAACACAUACUCAGCACAACACCGCUUAUUGACGGGCACAAUGAUCUUCCAUACUUGAUUCGUACAGAACUAAAGCAUCAGAUUUACAAUGACCGGUUUACAUUCAAUACGGGCCUUUUGAGCAACACGGACCGGAAAAAAUUGCGGGAUGGAAUGGUGGGAGGGCAGUUUUGGUCUGCUUAUAUCCAUUGUCCAAAGGAUAGUGAGACGAACAAGGACGUGCCACUAGACGAAGCUACUUGGACGCUCCGUGAUACCCUUGAACAAAUCGAUAUCACGAAACGCUUCGUUGACGAGUUCCCUGAUCUGUUCCAAUUCUGCUCAAACUCAAGCUGUGCUCGCGAGGCGUUCGCGAAUGGAAAAAUUGGUAGCUUCAUUGGCAUCGAAGGUGCUCACCAAAUCGGCAACUCGCUUGCAUCACUGAGGCAAUUGUAUGACCUUGGUGCCAGAUAUAUCACAACAACCCACAACUGCGACAAUGUCUUUGGUACCGCGGCGAGCACCGUGUCCGCUGGUGGAGAGGACAAGGGACUCACGCUCUUUGGAGAGGAGUAUGUUGCCGAAAUGAACCGUCUAGGCAUGAUGCUUGACCUGUCGCAUGUAUCCCAUGAAACCAUGCGCGAUACGCUACGUCUCAGUGAAGCCCCAGUCAUAUUCUCGCAUACCGGUGCUUAUGCUCUUUCUAAAACCCUGCGAUUUGCGCCUGAUGAUGUUCUCAAAGCAACUGCUGAGAAGGGUGGUAUCAUCAUGAUCACUUUUAUCAAUCGAUUCUUGAGGCCUGAUGAUCCUGAUGCAGCUACAAUUCAUGACGUUGUUGAUCAUAUAUGGCAUGUUGCCCAAGUCGCUGGUUGGGAUCACGUUGGUGUUGGAUCUGAUUUUGACGGAACACCAGUCACUCCAAGAGGCUUAGAGGAUGUCUCCAAAUAUCCCCGCCUCGUCGAACUGCUGAUGGAAAGAGGAGCAACAGACGACCAGAUUCGUAAAUUCGCCGGUGACAACAUUCUCCGCGUAUGGAGUGAGGUUGAGAAGGCCGCGGAACGUAUUCAAGUAGAAGGCCGGAAACCUAAUGAGGCCAUAUGGGAAGGCAGAACCUGGGUGAGAAGCGAGAUGAGUCCACCGAUUAUGUUUAGAGAUAGUAUUGGUAGGAGGAUUCCCAGUUAUUUGGGUGAACCGUAG